AUGGCAACAGGUGGCAAAGAUGAAAAUCUUGCUCAACGUGUUCUACGCUUGACUGACAUUGCAAAAGAACCUAUGGAUUUUCUUAUGCCCAUCAGCGGUUACGAAAAAAUGCCCAUUGUUUCACUUGAAGAAGCAGUUGAACCACUUGUAUCUAUACUACCAACAGUGAAAAGUUACGCAUGUGCGGCCAAAAAAAAAUGUAAGAAGCCGGCUGAUAAUUUAACGCAAGAUGAAUCAGCUUCGAUCAUGCUCUAUUCAAUGGGAUGGGAACCAUUGAAUGAAUGCCUUUAUUGCGCUUUGAAUGCUACUCUCCGAUCAAAAAAUCGUUCAAAUCUUAAACCAUGGUUUCUCUUUCUUCGUCUUUUUCUUGGAGCAUUAUUUCGUCUUCCACCGAUUCCUCACCUAACAGUGUUUCGAGGCGUUAAAUUGGAUUUAAGCGAACAAUUUAAAAAAGGCGAAACAUUCAUAUGGUGGGGCUUUUCUUCCUGUACAACUUGCAUCGAAGUUCUUCAAUCAGAAAACUUUUUAGGCAUGAAACGUACAAGAACAAUGUUUGCUAUUGAUUGCAAUUCAGCUAGAGAUAUUCGGAAACACUCGUAUUUUCCAGCUGAAGACGAAGUACUAUUGCUUGCUGCUACUGAGUUCCAAGUGAAAGGUACUCUCAAUCAAGGUCACGGUCUUCGAAUUAUUUACCUGCAUGAAGUUCAGUCAGAUGAACCAAUGCUCAUGCCAGUGUCUUCUACAAAUGACUCUAUUGAUUUAUCUGCCGAAAAACUGAAAAAUUUGAAAGUAACAGAUGAUGUCACUGAAUCAAAAAUCAUAUCAAAGCAAGCAGCCACAACAACAUCUCUGUCCAGUUCAAACCCGAAAGUUGGUGCAUCUGAAAAAAUUGUUUCACAGUGGGAAUCAAAAUUCAAUAAAUGGAAACAAAAUGCUAUCACUGUGGCUGGUGGAAAUGGACUAGGACAAAAACUAAAUCAGCUUAACUUCCCUGCUGGAAUCUUUAUUGAUAAAAACAAAAAUAUUUUCAUCGCUGAUUUUUAUAAUCAUCGUAUUGUUCAAUGGAAAUAUAAUGCAACGGUGGGACA